UGGGGUUGUGAGCCUGGGGGGAGGAGGGUGGUUCUAAGCAGAAACAGAGCGAGCCCCAUUUCGUAUUACACACGAAUACAGAAAAAAGAAAAGGGAAUCCUGAGCUGAGGCUCUUUACUUCGGGAGACAUUUAACUGUUUUUUAUGGAGACUGCUGGUCUGGAAAAUGAAGAUCUCUUCUGUGGUCAUAGUUCUCCUGACUAAAGCGUUCAUUGGAGAAGUGUGCCAGGCCAUCAACAUCACUGUCACCCCCUCCCCAUUUACGGUGGCCCAGGAGGGCGAGAACGUCACCCUGACCUGCCAGGUGUCCCAGAGACGUCGCUCCAGCAGCCUGCCCGUAGUCAAAUGGACAUUCCUGCCGGAACGUUCUUCAAGCGACAAAGAGUUCCUCAUCGCCAGGGUCAACAUGAGAAAGGCCAGGUUCUAUGGGGACUAUACCAAGAGCUUCCCCUGGCCUAAGUUGAAGCUGACAGUGGUCAAGCAGGGGAAGAUUUUCGACCUGCUCAUUAUGAACAUCUCAGCGGAGGACCGUGGACUCUACAUAUGCCGGGUGCAGGAGUUCAAGAAGCACCAGAACCGAUGGAAGGCAUCAACAAACUGUACGGCCGCCACCGAGCUUAGAGUGCAUGUCCUACCAGCGACCACGGCCAAGGAGAGUCUGUGGAGCCUGUUUGAAGACGUGUACCUGUGCGCUGUGCUGAUCUGCUCUGUGGGACUAGUGUGCAUGUGCAUGUUCACCGUGGCGGUGACCUGCCAAUAUGUUCAGAGGAAGAAGAAGUUAAAAGACAACUACCAUUUGGUCAAGAGCCUACAGAACAGUUCAGGGGAGACGGUGACCAGUCUAGUCAGUGUGUCUCCUGCUCUGCCCAAAAAGCAGAGGAGGUACAGGAGGAAACGAAGCAAAGCCCAGUCAGAGAUACCACCAGAGAUACCAGUUAAAGCACCCAUAGCAAACAAAAUCCCCAAACCCAAACUUUUAAAGGUACAGCCGAUGAAAGUGGUCUUGCCAAAGAUUGCAGAAGAGAGCCUGACAUAUGCAGAGUUGGAGCUGGUCAAGCCCCUACCGGACAACAAAGCCUCGUGCACAAGCACUGUGUAUGCCCAAAUCCUCUUUGAGGAGAGCUCUUUCAACUGGUGCCAAAGUCAACGGGCUCUUGGCGACACACUUGUACCCAGAGCUGUGAUCAGCUGUGACAGAGCAGUUUAACUGGCUACAAACGAAAGGCCUUGUUUGGCUUGACUUGUAUCACCAGAGUUUUCCUCUCACCUUAUGAUUACAAAGCACAUGAUUACUUACAUUUUUUAUUUUAUUUUUUACUCCUGGUAAGAACAACACCAAUGACCAAAUGCCGUUUCUUUAUCUCUCAAGAUCUGCACAACAGCGGAGAUUUUGUCUUCUGUUUUUUAAAACUUUUCCGUGAAUGUAAGUGUGUGUAAAAAUGCUUAGUAUGUUUAAUGACCCCUUGGAUUUAACCAUGGAAAACCGAGCAAAACAACAGUGUUUUUUUCUCCCCCAGUGAACUUGAAAUGCCAGACAUCCAGGCACCAUAACCAUUCCCCAUCCACCAGUUCUCUCUCUCAUAUAUGAAGAUCUAUACAUAGACUAAUAAUCACCAGAGUACAUUGAGACGAUUCCAUGUAGGAAAAACAAAUCCUUCCCACAUCCAUUGACAACAACGAAAUCUAUCUAUAUCUAUCUACACACAUCUACACAAUGGUUCAAAGUAACCUUCCUGGGGUGAGAAAAACGUCUUAAAACCUUUUUAAACUGUGAAAAUUGAAGUCUCCUCCAAACCACGUUUGACUUAAUGUGGAGGCCACUGCGUGGACCUCUAACUAGAACCAUGUGUGAACGCUGAACUCUGCACUUUCCUCUGCACUUUUCCUUUGCCAUUCGUUUCACCCGGAGAGUGACGUCGCCCGCACUCAUCAACAUUACUCUCCAUUCCAGUUGGAGCGCCUCUGUUAUUUGUUUUUGUCAUUUGAAAAUGACGUCGUCGCUGUCUGAUGAAAACCUCAUAACUAAAUUUUUGCCAAUUUAAAUGUUUUUUCAUUUAUUGAAAGCAAUAUGUCCCCUCAAUGUACUCUCAACAUUGCAUGACUCUCGGACCAAGAAAAUGUAUUCAAAAUAGCUUCUGAAGUUUCAUAAUUGUAUGUUCAUUAAUGGGAAAAUAUGGUCAUUUUUUCAUUUACUGAAAAGUUUCUGUUUUGGAGAUGAGGGUUCAUCAGACAGCGACGAUAUAUGUGUGUGUGUAUAAUGUAUCAUAUGUGCUGUAUAAACAUAAAGUGGAUGUAUAUGGUCAGUGGUUAA